CCAGAUCUAAACAAACUGAUAGAAACAUUUUCAGUACAUUCUCACAAUGAUUACACUAACGUUGGCAACACUGGCACUCAUCUUGCUAGUAGUUUUUCUUUUGAUUGAACUAUGGCGUCCAGCGAAUUAUCCUCCGGGCCCGAAAUGGUUACCGAUCGUCGGAAACACUCCACUGGUACGCAAGAUGGCGGCAAGCAAUGGUGGUUUGUUGGUGAACGUGUGCGACAAGCUGUCGGAAACGUAUCAAAGCAGCGUCAUUGGGUUGAAACUUGGCCGGGAGCGUGUAGUGGUUGGUUUGGGAUACGAUGACGUGAAGGACAUUUUGUGCAACGAAGUCUUCCAAGCUCGUCCAGAUAAUUUCUUCAUCCGAUUGCGUACAUUAGGGACAAGAUUGGGCAUCACCUGUACGGAUGGGGCAUUCUGGAAUGAACAGAGAAGCUUUGUUACACGGCAUCUGCGUAACGUCGGUUAUGGACGCCAGGCGAUGCAUGUUCAGAUUCAAACGGAACUAAACGAAUUGUUGGAAGUGCUCGACAAUCGCAUGGAACAACCUAUCUGGCCUGGAUCGAUUCUUGCGAUCAGUGUGAUCAAUGUGCUGUGGACGAUCGUAACAGGUUCACGAGUGCCACGAGAAGAUGAUCGAUUGCAGAGACUGCUGCAGUUGCUACAGGAACGUUCCAAAGCCUUCGACAUGUCCGGUGGAACAUUGAACCAACUACCAUGGCUACGUUUUGUCGCCCCGGAAUGGAGUGGCUACAAUCUGGUACGUCGCUUCAACAAACAACUGACGGAAUUCUUCUCUCCAACGAUCGAGGAGCACCAUCAAAACUUCACGGAGGAUAAAGCUGUGGAUGAUCUUAUCUACGCGUACAUUAAGGAAAUACGCGAUCACAAGGAUGAAGCCCAUACCAAUUUUACUGAUGUGCAGCUGACGAUGAUCAUAUUGGAUAUUUUCAUAGCAGGAGGUCACACAACGAGCACAACUCUGGAUCUGGCGUUCAUGAUGAUGAUCGUUCGACCAGAUGUUCAGGAAAAGGUACACAAGGAAAUUGACAAUCAGUUGGAGCUUAAUGCAACAGCCCAUUACGACGAUCGUCACAAGCUACCUUAUGUGGAGGCAUUCCUGCUGGAGAUUAAUCGUUUCUUCAGCAUUGCUCCUUUGAAUGGUCCAAGGCGCGCCAUUGCCGAUUGUACGCUUGGGGGUUACCGAGUACCGAAGAACACUACGGUUCUAAUGGGACUGCGCAACGUACACAUGGACCCGGAACACUGGGGUGAUCCGGAAGUAUUCCGACCGGAACGAUUCCUCAACGAGGAACGUCAAAUCGUCAACACCGAGCGUUUGUUGGCCUUUGGACAGGGAAAGCGUCGCUGUCUCGGCGAAACAUUGGCCCGUUCCUGUCUGUUUACGUUCUUCGUGGGUGUGAUGAAACGGUUCUGUCUGGUCAAGCCGGACAAUGCUGCGGAGGAAUCCGACAUGGAACCAUCAUUAACGCUAAAGCCAGGAAUAACACUUUCAGCGAAACCUUACAAUGUGGUGUUUCAACCACGAAAGAGAACUGAGAUUAAUCUUCGCGAAGAAUAACACCUUAUCGUGCUUAAUGCGGUCGAGGACCGGAUAUACUGUGUAGAAAGUAUUGGAUUUUAACAUACAAUAAAAUAUUACCUUUGGAAAAUG